AUGGGCAGCGCAGGAGAACCGGGCUUUCAAGUCAAACAGGUUCACCCAACCUUCGCCUGCGAGAUUCAAGGCCUCGAUCUGUCACAGGGCAUUACAGACGACCAGUUCAACCAGGUCAGGGAUCUCGUUCACGAAUAUGGCGUCGUUGUCAUCCGAAAGGCGAAUUUCCCCGACGACCUAGCCCAUAUUGAAUUCUCGAAAAGGUUUGGCGACAUUGAAAAGAGCAAAUAUCGCAGCGCCCACAUGAGGCCACUCCCGUACCCAGAGAUCUUCGACAUCUCCAACCUCGACGAGAACGGCGAGGUCGUCACCCACAGCAACGAAAGAAGAACGACGGCCAUCCGCGGAAAUGCCUUAUGGCACGCCGACGGCUCCUUCAACCCACGCCGCACGUACAUCUCGUGCCUCCGGGCCGUCGAGCUGCCGCCGAAAUCCACGGGCGGCCACACGGAAUACGCUGAUGCCCGGCAAGCCUACGACGACCUGCCCGAAGAGACCAAGGCCAAGAUCAAAGACCUCGUGGCGAUUCACUCCUUCUACCACAACCGCAAGACGGCCAACCCGGACUCGCCGCUGUUCAAAGACAUCGAGGUCUUGGACAUGCCGGUGUCUCGACACAAGCUGGUGACCAACCACGAGCCCAGUGGCCGCCACAUGCUCUAUGUGACCUCGUAUGCACAUUCCAUCGAGGGCAUGCCGCUUGAAGAAGGCCAGAAGUUGCUGAAAGAGCUGGCGGACCACUGCAAGCAGGAGAAGUACGUCUUUCAGCAUCAUUGGGAGAGUCCUGGCGACGUCGCCGUCUGGGAUAAUACCGCCGUGCUGCACCGUGCCACCACGGGCGCGUACGAGGGCAAAUACCGCAGGGACAUGAGAAGGACGUGUAUCAAUGACUCUGGACCCGAGGCGUAUGGUCUGAACGACCCGGCGCUGGCAGCCAAUCAGGCAAACUCUAGUUGA